ACCACUGAGUAGUUCAUAAACGGGGUUUGCAUAGUCAGGGACCACAUGGAUCAAGAAGAAUUAGAAGCAUUGACAAAGACAUUACUGUCAAUUUACAAUUUUCACAAAUAUCAGAUUGAACAAAUUGUCAAACCCCGGCUUUUGAAGUAUCAAUCAUUGACUGAAGAGGAGAAACAGUUGGUUCCUUGGUAUACCAAACACACUGAAGAUUUGAAAGAAAGCAUUGACCUCAAUCGACAGUUUUGCCAAAGUUUGGCUUUGACCAUUGCUCAAGACUGGAAUGUGGACACUGAUGUCCACCAAUGGAGUUCUGCCACUGGCCAUGAAUAUGAAAUUGUAUCUACUACAUUAUUACAAUUAGUCAGAGAUUGGAGUGAUGAAGGCAAGGCAGAGCGGGAAUUGAAUUAUGGCAAAAUCAUACACGAAUUAGAAUUGUUAUUUCCGGAUAAGUCAUCCCGUAAGGAUAUCAAAGUCUUGGUGCCUGGUUGUGGGUUAGGUCGUUUAGUAAUGGAAUUGGUACUUUGCGGAUUUUGGACCCAAGGAAACGAAAUAAGCUACCAUAUGCUCUUAACUUCAAAUUAUAUUUUGAAUCAUUGCCAGUUUCCUUAUUCAAAUUCGGUAUUCCCGUUCUUAUUCAAGUCAUCCCACUUAGUGAAGCGAUUAUUUCAAGUUAGACCAGUUGCUAUUCCCGAUUUGUCCCCUUUUGUGAUUAAUGAGCUACAAACCAAAGAGCCAGAGAUUCCUUAUCAUGACUUGAUGUCGAUUACUGCCGGAUCAUUCAUAGACUUAUAUGGACUAGGACUGGCUGGUGAUGCUUCUGCGACCCCAUUUCAAGAAUCUAAUGCUAAUAGUUUUCUGGUGGUUGUGACGAGCUAUUUUCUUGACACGGCAAGCAAUAUCAUUGACUAUUUGAAAACAAUCUAUCAUUGCUUAAAAGAAGAGGGAUACUGGAUUAAUUUUGGCCCGUUGUUAUGGCACUUUGAAGGAGACCUAAAUCUGUACCAACAAGAAAACGGGUCAAUUAGCAUUAAGAAAGGAUUGGAAUUAUCAAGAGAAGAUUUAGUCGAAUUAAUUAAAACUAUGGGAUUUGAAUUUAUUAAACACGAAAGUAAUAUAGAAACUAGUUAUUGUCGAGAUAUCAAAUCUUUAGGCUCAUUUACAUUUAAAUGUGAAUUUUGGGUCUGUCGGAAAAUCAAGGUUUAAGAUAUUGUAAAUCAAUUGGACUGCCAAUGGUGGUAACUUCAUCAUAAAGCAAGGUGGUUAAGAAUUCCGAGACCAAUUCACCUCCAAGUUCUUGUCUGAUAUAAUUACCAGCUUUUUCAAAUUGGAAUUUUGGAGAAUUAUAAACUUUUUGUAAUUUUGCAAUUUCUUCAUCCAAAAUCUCACCCACGUACUUCGGAGUUAAGGCUUGCUUAGUAUCAUCCAAGAAAACCUUAUUUUUACACCAAGUGUACAAUUGCAAUCUUGAAACUUCGGCAGUGGCAGCAUCUUCCAUCAAAUUGUUUAUUGGAACACACCCCACACCUCUAAUCCAAGAUUCGAUAUAACACAAAGCAAUAUAAACGUUAAGUCUGAUUCCUUCGGUAGUAAUCACUCCUCCUUCAAUCUUGGUAUUUGAUAAAUCUUCGGCAGUGACAUUUUCAUCGGGAACAAUAUGUAUUUGAUUUGCAGUAGGCAUAUAGUCAUUAAAGAUAUUAUUAGCAAUUGGAGCCAAUGCCGGAUGGGCGAUCCAAGUACCAUCAUAAUGCAUCUUAGCCUCUCUUAAUUUGUCUUGGGCCACUUUAUCCAUGGCAAUUUCAUUUGCUUCAACAUCGUUCUUGAUGGGAAUAAUUGCAGCCAUUCCUCCCAUAGCAUGUACCUGUCUACGAUGACAAAUAUUGAUUAACCGUUUGCAAUAAGCUUCCAUGAAUGGUACUUUCAUAGUGAUCAAGUCUCUAUUGGGCAAAGUGGCCGACAGUCUGAGGCGUUUAAUCGUGGAAAAGAUGUAAUCCCAUCUACCACAGUUCAAACCGGCCAGAUGUUGACGUAAUUGAUAAAUUAUUUCUUCCAUUUGGUAAGCGGCAGGCAAAGUUUCAAUCAAUACCGUAGCUCUGAUUGUACCUCUAGUUAUACCUAAUAAAUCUUGAGCAACAUUGAACACAUCGUUCCAUAACUUUGCUUCUAAAUGAUGUUCCAUUUUAGGGAGAUAGAAAUAUGGACCAGUGCCAUUUUCAAGUAAUUGCUUAGCAUUAUGAUAGAAGUACAAUCCAAAAUCCAUAAGUGAACCGCUUAAUGGUUGCCCAUCAACAAGUAUAUGUUUUUCAUCCAUGUGCCAACCCCGUGGUCUGACCAUCAAAGUUGGGGUGUUAGUAUCCCAAUUAACAGCAUAGGUUUUACCAUUGGUCUUGUUAACAAAAUCAAUCUGAUGGCGAAUGCAGUCAUACAAGUUAACAUGGCCAUUUAAGAUGUUUGACCAUGUUGGAGUAGAACUAUCUUCAAAAUCACACAUAUAUGUCUUCACAGGAGUGUUCAAAGCAUUAACAAUCAUGUUUCUUUCUGGAGGGCCAGUAAUUUCAGUACGACGAUCAAUUAAGCCUGGUGCUAAUGUAGGACCAGUCCAGGUUGGGUCAUUUCUGAUUUUAGUUGUGAACUCAUCUUUUAAGAAAUCAAGUUUAGCACUAUUGUCUAAAUCACGUUGCAAAUUCAUGCGAUUUUGUAAAAGUUGAAGUCUGGUAGCAUUGAAGGUACGGUGUAAAAGUACCACGAAGGAAAGGGCAGAUUGGGUAAGUAUAUCUGCUUGAGAAGUUUUAGAUUCAUAUUGAGCUUGUUUUUCAACUUGAGCCAAGACCUGUACUCCAUGUAAAGAAGUGUAUAACGAGUUUGAAGUUGUCAUUCUUUUUAGUGGAGAGAG